UGCUAGCCUUGAGCAAAAAGAAGCCAGGGACAGUGCUCAGGCCCUGAGUUCAAGACCCCAGACUGGCAAACAAAAACAAAAAACACACCAAAAAAUUCUUUCUGCAAUGUGUUUGUGAAAGUCAUAACAUAAAUCUCUAGGCUAUAUUUACCUCCUACUAUGUAUUAAGUUAUGAAAUUCAGCAUUUAGUUUAAAAACCAAUAAGUUGCUAAAGCAAAAAUAUCGUGGUGUUUUGACAAAUGAUGAAAGGUUAUUAUCUAAAUGACAAACAUGGCUAUUACAACCCCUUUAGACUUAUGAGAAUUGUGUCAGUGGGUGAGGAAAAACAGUUGCACUGGAAAGUUCCAUGUAAACAUGAAUACCAGAGUGAGCUUGUUGCUGUAUGGGAGAUGGGAGAAAAAAAGAGGCCAGCAAAGAAACAGUUAAUGCUGGCCUUAAAAGGAGGCCAGCAGAGCCCAAUGAGCAGGGCUGGGGAGGCUAUAAAGCCGGCCCUGUGCCAGGGCCCAGACAGCUCUCGCUCUCAGAGCCUGAGCGGUGCGGAGGGAGCACGUCUUUGGAGCUCUCUGGCAGGCAAGCAGGCAGGAGGGCGGGCAGGCAGGCUCCCCUCCCUCUGAGGGAGGCUUCCUCCUCCCUGCCUGCUGCUACCUCCAUUAUCCUCAAGCCCCCACAUCGUGCCCAGGGUCCCUCUGAGACAGUCGGGUGCCAAGCGCCCUCCAACGAGCUCCCGAGUGGGAACAUGGGACAUCUCUACUCAGAACCCAGACGGCUCAGGAAGACCCAGCCCUUGGCUCAGCUGCUGAGAUAACCCUAUUUCCUGUCCCAUCCAGCAGUAGCUCGACAGGAUUCCCGUAGCUGGAGGCCAUGACUGAGCCUGUCCCCGCCAAAUAGCCUGCUACCAGGGUCGCCCUCAGGAGAGGGAGCUGGAUAUGUCCACAUGUGCUUCUGCUUCUGCUCUGGGACAUCUCCCCACCACUGUGAAGCCAAGAAUCCCUGCCUUUCCCCAUGCAUCUGUGACACUGCCCAGCCCAGCUUCUGCAGGCCUGUGCUACACGAUGGCCUAAUCCUGUCCUGUGUGCUGCUGGCAGGUGCUCAGACAGGGACACAUGUGCCAAGUGCCCCACUAGACUCUGGACUGACAAACUGUCUCCAGGCUCUUCUACAGCUCUUCCUGCUGGACAAAUGUCCAGCUCUCCUGGAAGGAUGAAGCCAGUGCUUCACACUGUCUGUGACUCUCUCAGUGAAUCCUGAGAACCCACAGGAGCCAUGGAUGUGACUGCUCCAGCCCACGCCAUAAGUGUGGGGAUUCACCUGCGCAGUGCAGCUGGCAACAACACAGACCCAGCCCUCAAUCUGUCCCAUCCACUGCUUGGUGCUGCCCUGGCAAACCAGACCAGGGAGCUCUCUGAGCACCAGCAGUAUGCCAUUGCCCUCUUCCUCUCGUGCCUUUAUACCAUCUUCCUCUUCCCUAUCGGUUUCGUGGGCAACAUCCUUAUCCUGGUGGUCAACAUCAGCUUCCGUGACAAGAUGACCAUCCCGGACCUGUAUUUCAUCAACCUAGCGGCGGCGGACCUCAUUCUGGUGGCUGACUCCCUGAUCGAGGUGUUCAACCUGGACGAGCAGUACUACGACAUUGCCGUGCUCUGCACCUUCAUGUCCCUCUUCCUGCAGAUCAACAUGUACAGCAGCGUGUUCUUCCUCACCUGGAUGAGCUUCGACAGGUACAUUGCACUAGCCAAAGCCAUGCGCUCCAGCCUCUUCCGCACCAAGCACCAUGCCAGGCUGAGCUGUGGCCUCAUCUGGAUGGCCUCUGUCUCUGCCACCCUGGUGCCCUUCACGGCUGUGCACCUACAGCACACAGAGGAUGUCUGUUUCUGCUUUGCCGACGUCAAGGAGGUACAGUGGCUGGAGAUCACCCUGGGAUUCAUCAUCCCCUUCGCCAUCAUCGGGCUCUGCUACUCCCUCAUCGUCCGUGUGCUUGUCAAAGCGCACAAGCACCGAGGCCUGAGGCCACGGAGGCAGAAAGCACUCCGCAUGAUCUUCGCCGUGGUCCUGGUCUUCUUCAUCUGCUGGCUGCCUGAGAAUGUGUUCAUCAGUGUCCACCUCCUGCAACGCACACAGCCGGGGGCCGCACCCUGCAAACAGUCCUUCCGCCAUGCCUACCCCUUGACUGGCCACAUCGUCAACCUGGCGGCUUUCUCCAACAGCUGCCUGAACCCCCUCAUCUACAGUUUUCUGGGGGAGACCUUCAGAGACAAGCUCAGGCUGUAUGUGGAGCAGAAGACCACGCUGCCAGCUCUGAACCGCUUCUGCCAUGCUGCCCUGAAGGCGGUCAUCCCAGACAGCGCUGAGCAGUCGGAUGUGAGGCUCAACAGUGCCGUGUGAGGAGCUCACCUGAAAGGUAAUCACCCACACCUGGGCUAGGUGGGCAGGAGGGGCGGCCUCAGUGCCUCACAGACAGUCACCUCUGCUGGAUACCCCUCAGGGCUGCAGGGGAGCCUCCUUCUACUCUCCUGAGUUAGUCCUGCCUAGCCCCAAUCCAUGACAGCUGAGGGCCCCGCCCUCUGACCUCAGGGGACCUAGGACCACGUAGCUGCCUGGCUCUGUCUCCAUUCGCUGCAUCUGAGGUGGAAACCAUCGCGCCACUGACCAAUGGAAGCCACAGAUGGGGGUUUGGUGCAGUACAAGGCCAAUCUGCAGCAUGGCUGUGAUCUGGGCGGAGAUGAAGUCUGGAGACAGAACACACUCAACCAAACCAACCCAAACUGGAUACAUUCUGUAUGCCUGUGACAUGGGAGUUCAUGUGCAUGGGCUGCCAGGGCACUGGAGGCCCACUGAGAAGAAGGUGGAUCACACCAGAGCACGGGGAGGGCGGGGCAGCCUGCUCGCCUGCAGCUCUUGCCCGUUGGGUGACAAUUCCGUGCAUGUGGAGGGCAGUCCGCAGAGUGCUGUGGUGAGAUGCCCUGCAUGUGUAGCUGAGAAUUUGCCUCUGCAACCAUGACAUCAUAAACCAAUCUCAUUAAAAUUAGAAAGAAAAACUAAUGGUGGCCAGUACUGUUCUAUGUCUGUCAAUAAAAUGCAGUCACAUGCUGAUGCUCCAAUUGCUCUAAGUCGUGGCUCCAUGGGUAAGAUGAGGCAGAAGGAGCACAGCCCUGGAUGGCUCCUUGCUCAUGAAGGAGAACCUCAGCACAGUGUCACAAAGCCCAUGGCCAUCCUGAAAAUCCCAAGAGGCCAGCAUCCAAACUGCAUGGCACUUCCAAGAUGCCA